GACUUGAAGAGACUUUCAAGCAAACCCCUGCGACUAAUGAAAACCUGAACCUUGACUGAGCCGGUUCACGGGAACCUCGCUGGGUUGAGAUCUUAAUUUUACUCAAGCUUGAAGAGCCACAGGUCGCCGAGAAGAAACUUAUCAGCCUUUACCGGCUCACCGUCAAGAUGCAGGAGAAAAGUUUCUUCACCCAAAGGAAAGCAGCAGUAGCACUGUGCGUCGUGCUGUUAAUGCUGGCUCAGCAGGUGUGUGCGGGUCCGUUGGUCCAACAACAGUCCGGCUCUGAUCAGGGGGCAGAUUCCAGCGGGGUCCACGCCCUGAGGAGGAUAGCUCGGAUGACCCCGCUGUGGAGGAUCAUGAACAGUAAACCGUUCGGCGCUUACUGCCAGAACAACUACGAAUGCUCCACGGGACUCUGCAGGGCGGGACACUGCUCCACCAGCCACCGCGCCACCUCAGAGACCGUGAACUACUAGACGUCAGACCGGCGUGUUUGCACCAGUGUACAGCCAUUAUUAAGUACUUUAAAGGGAUUUUCAUAACUGGGGAUAUGCACUUAUCCAGGC